AGCCGUGUUACGGGAAGUGAUGUUACUCUGACAGAGGAAGGAUGUGAGUGUAAUUGAAGUGCGUUUAAAUGCAAGUUUUCGGCGAGCUGCUGGUUUCCGCGUGGGAUCAGUGAACGGAGACCAACCCCGGUCACGCCUCCAGUUCUGGAUGAAACAAGCAUUUUGUAACCGAGACUAACCACUGGACUUGGCUGCGUAGUGAGACUUGGAUCUGGAACCUUGGAACAACGGGGCUGUUUUCUCCACUAUCUUGAGGUGGAGCUGGUAAAUGUGCUGCGACACAUUUAACCGAGUUUUACUCUGAAGCUCAAUCCUAAUCCAUUGAGGUGCUGCAGGCCCACAUCACGCUCUCACCAUGUCUGAUGGCGACUACGAUUAUCUCAUCAAAUUUCUAGCGCUUGGAGACUCGGGAGUGGGAAAGACCAGCUUCCUCUAUCAGUACACCGAUGCCAAAUUCAACUCCAAGUUCAUCACCACAGUUGGCAUCGACUUCAGAGAAAAGCGAGUGGUUUACAAGCCCAGCGGCCCCGACGGCAGUGCAGGCAGGGGGCAGCGGAUUCAUCUCCAACUCUGGGACACAGCUGGCCAGGAGAGGUUCCGUAGCCUAACGACUGCUUUCUUCAGAGAUGCUAUGGGUUUCCUCUUGCUAUUUGACCUGACAAACGAGCAAAGUUUCCUCAAUGUCAGAAACUGGAUAAGUCAGCUUCAGAUGCACGCAUAUUGUGAAAACCCAGAUAUUGUACUAUGCGGCAAUAAAUGUGAUUUAGAGGAUCAGAGGGCUGUAAAAGAAACGGAUGCCAGGGAGUUGGCAGACAAAUAUGGCCUACCCUACUUUGAAACAAGUGCAGCCACAGCGUCCAACGUGAACAAGGUUGUGGAGUCACUGUUGGAGCUCAUCAUGAAGCGCAUGGAACGGUGUGUGGACAAAUCGUGGAUACCUGAAGGGGUUGUCAGGUCCAAUGGCCACAACUCCACUGAACAUCUAAAUGCAGAGGAUCAAGACAAGGGCAAAUGUGCUUGCUAGAUCGAUUUGUAUGGAAUCCUCCCCCCCCCCUUUUUUGUUGUUGAUCAUUGACGUGAACACUUUUUGUUUCUUAGAUGCAUGCUGUCCACCAAACUAAUAUUUUGGUAUAAUGAGAACAAAAUGAUUUACUUAUUUGUGGACCAUGUGCGACAUUAAAUGAAAGGGGUUGCCGAUGCCUUAUGUAAAUUGAUAUGUACUCUUUGUUUCUACAGGAAGUCGGGUCAGGCUGACUCCCAACAGUAGUUUUAUUAUGGGUUGGUGGAAAAUCUCUCAAAUGAAUCGCAAUCAAGCCACAUUUGGCCACUGCAUUUAAUAGCUUUUAUAAGUAUGGACCAACAGCCAAAAAUGCCCAAUCUGUGCUUGUAUAAUCUAGAUUUUACAUGGAUCUCAUUGAUACAUCAUGCAUUUAUGCUCUUUCCUCACCCCUCCUGUUUUAUAGUACCUGUGGGGCUUCUGAAAAUCAAACAUUCUCGCUUGCUCUUGGAAUCAUUAUUUAUGGCUUUGCUACUAAUUCUUGGUGCUUGUGAUUUGAGCAAAACAAAAAUGUAUUAGGCUUCAUUUUCUUUCUCUGAACCACUGUUAAACUUCCUUGCAAGUAUGUGCCUAAAUAACUACUGGUGCAUUGACAAGUUUUUACACUGGAGGGAUGCCAAAAAGUUUAAAACCUGCCAAAUACUUGAUUGAAAGACUAGAUUCUAAGUGAUGUUGAGUUAUGGAACGCUUGUUAAAAAUAUUAUUUUGCUUUUUUUAUUUAAAAAGAAAAUAAACUUGGUUUGGUACAUGUUAGGUAAUUGAAAGCAAGGUCAGAGUGCACUUUACCAGAGAUUUCUUAAUUACCAUGGCAAACCCAAUGUGUUCUGCAGUUCAAAAUUUCAGGAGUACUAAAUUUCAUUGCAUUUAAAGAUUCUAGAAUGUAGAUGUAAUUAAAUUUGAUACAAAUUAUUGUAUUUUUCUCAAAUUUUAUCUAUUUACAAUGUUUUAAAGUCAUCAUCUGAAAGUACUGUCAGGAUAUCCUUUCUAAUAAAACAAAAUCCCCUCAA